CCUUCCUUCUAAGUCAUCCAAGGCACCAUUGCGAAACCCUUCUCUCUCCUCGUUUUCUCUGUCUCUAGCACACCAGCAGCUCAAGCUAAAACACAUAAAUCCCAUUCCCAUAUGUGAGUUCUUGUUGAUUCCAUGAUAUAAUUAUGUGAAAAAGAGAGAGAUCGAAAAUGGAACUGGGAGCAGCAGCAACUUCAAAACCCCCACAAAUCUCAGAAAUGUUUCAGAAAUUUGCAAUCGCAUUCAAAGCUAAGACGUUUGAAUUAUUCGCCGAGGAAGAAGAAUCCGCCGCUAAUUCUGCCGCCGUAUCGGCCGCCGUCUCCGACAACGAAGAUGGGUUCACUCUUCUUGACUCCACCGAAGAUUUCAUCACCGAUCAGAAGGUUAUAAUCAUCAAACCCGACUUGAAAAGUCAAAAUCAAAUUGUUUCUGCUUCAAUCAUACAACCUUUCAAUACGCGCUUCGGUAAUUAUCUAAUUUCAUCUGUUUUCGCUGUAAUUUCAUCGUUUGAAGCUUCUUAUCUUCAAUUACAAACAUCCCAUGUGCCGUUUGACGAAGAAGGGAUUAUGAUUAAUGAUAAAGCUUUAGUCAAUCAACUUCAGAAACUUUAUGAUUUGAGGGGAUUGUAUAUAGAUUCUCGAAAGAAUCCAGACUUUAAUCUUGAUUUUACAACUAGGUCUUGUUUGGAAGCUCAAGUUAAUGAGAAUCAGAACAAGUUAAGAGCCUUGGAGACCAUGUUUAAUAGACUACAGUCUGAUAUUGAUGGUAAAGAUGAUAAGGUUUUGAUGUUAAAGAAGCAAUUGGGGGAAACUGAAGACUGUAAUUCCAAGUUGUCAAUGAAAUUGUCAAAAAACUUGAAACCCCCAAAUGGGUUUUUGCCGACAAUUAGGGUUUUUGAUUCAAUGCUGCGUGAUGCUUGUCGAUCUUCACAUCGGUUUACAAAACUUUUGAUCCAGUUGAUGAAGAAAGCAGGGUGGGAUUUGGGUUUAGCAGCUAAUUAUGUUCAUCCUGAUGUUGGGUAUGUUAAAAAAGGGCAUAAUCGCUAUGCCUUUUUGUCAUACGUCUCUUUAGGUAUGUUUCAAGGUUUUGAUUCCGAAAAUUUCGGUUUGGCUGAGAAUGUAGCUUCUAAUGAUAAUUCAAUGGAAUUAUUUGAGCAUGUAUUGGUCAAUCCAUUGGAGACUUUAAAUAAGAACCCUAGUUGUGCUUUCUCAAAAUUUUGUGAAAGAAAGUACGAAGAACUUGUCCAUCCAACAAUGGAAUCUUCAAUAUUCAAGAAUUUGGACAGAAAGAAGGAGGUUUUGGAUUCAUGGAGGUCUUUAAGUGUAUUCUAUGAGGCGUUCGUUAAUAUGUCUAGCUCAAUGUGGUUACUUCAUAAAUUGGCUCGUUCAUUUCAUCCAACGGUUGAGAUCUUUCAGGUGGAAAAAGGGGUUGACUUUUCGAUGGUUUACAUGGAAGAUGUAACCAAAAAAGAUGCAUACCAUGAUAAGGGCAUAUCAGAGGUUGGGUUUACAGUCGUACCCGGGUUCAAAAUUGGGAAAACAGUCAUCCAAUCUCAAGUCUAUCUAACUGGAUCAAACCGUACAAAAUAGGAACUUUCAGUUGCAAGAAUGGCGAAUCAAUAACAUUAGAGCCCAACUGGUUGACCACUUGAUGUUUGUGAAGCUGGUUGGAUGUUCAGAGUUUUGAUCUUGCGGUUUACAAGCGAGUUUUCUGGUAAUGUAUUUAAAAUAUCACAUUUAUCGUUCGUUUUUAGCUUCUUUUGAGUGCUUAGUGUCGUGUAGAGAUUUCAAUCUGUACAGAAGUUCCUUUGGUCGAUCGUUUCCAUCUUGUGUAUUGGGGAUGGGGUGAAGAUAAAUGAAUUGUAUGUUACUCCAAAGUUGUGAAAAAUAUCAUAGCACUUCCCGAAA